AUGGCGAUUAUCAAGCUUGAAAGCCGAGAAAAAAGGAAGAGACGCUUUGAUGCGGAUUUUAACAAAUAUGUUAUCGUACUGACUAAUUCACGGAUGUUUAAUGCAGCAAUCAUGGGUGUCAUAAUGUUCAAUGCGUUGGUCAUUGGCUUGGAAACAAUGGACUUUUUGAAAAAUACCUACAAGAAAGAACUUCAAAUCAUCGAUGAGCUGUUUUUAUCGAUAUACACAGUUGAGUUUAUUCUCAAACUGUAUUCUGAGCCGACAGGAUAUUGGAAAAGCAGUUACAACCGAUUUGAUUUUCUCAUUCUCUUCAUAUCGUACAUCCAAGCUGUCAUGGAUUCCAUUGAUGUUGGAGACAACAUCCUUAAACCAUUACGAUUACUUAGAGCUGCAAGGACACUGCGUACAAUAUCGUUCAUACAAGGUUUGCAGGUCUUGGUGAUCGCAUUAAUCGAGACAUUACGUCAUUCCGUGUUGAAUGUAGUUGUUCUUCUUUCCAUGUCAAUGGCUUUCUUUGCUGUGGUUGGAUACUAUAUGUUUGGUCAUGAUGAAAAAACUGGAGUGAAAAAUGAAAACUGGUCCAGCUUGAGUGCUGCAAUGCUCUCUUUAUUUACAUACGUAACGGUCGAUGGUUGGACUGAUAUUCAAAAGGGUUUAGACAUACGUCCCUACAGUCAAUGGUUUACUAUUUCAUUUAUUGUUCUUGGCCAUUUUAUCUUCACGAAUUUGUUUAUUGGGAUCAUCAUCAUGAACAUUCACGAAGCAACAGAAACGUUUAGAUUGCAACAGGUCAUGGAGAAAGAGGCAACGUUGCAGAUGAAAAAGGAUUUUCUGUAUCAGAGACAACACAAUGAUGUCAAAGAAAUGCUUGAAAAGCAGAAAUCCAGUCAAUUUGUUGACUUUAAAGACAUGUGUCGUGCUUUCCAAGAAACACUUCGCCCGGAUGAUUUUGUGAUAAUGUCUGACACCAGCACGAACCUCGUUUGGAUGGAAACAUUCAUCACUUCAUUAGAUCACUUGGAUCUUUACACAUAUAGGUGUCAACAGCUGCACUUUCAGUUAACAAAUUGCUUGAUAAAUCUACUUGAAAUGGAAAGAAUGAAAACGGAGAACAAGUGA